UCGCAUCAUAUCUUUUUUAAUAUACACAGAAGUACAGAACACACACACACACACACAUUAACAUAAUUAUAAUCAAUUACUAGAUUUUGACCCGCGCUUUGAAAGCGCGGGUUUUUCUUUGGAUUAUAUACAAAUUUUGUGAAUUAAUAUUUUGAAAAUGUUGCAAAUUAUUAUGUUACAAAAUCAUAUGAUGUCAAAAAAUAAUUUAUUUAAAUUAUAUAAUUCAUGAAUUAAUUUAUUUAAGAUUUUGUAUGUAUUCUUUUUUUGUUCAAAUAUAUGUACACUCUUAUAUAACUCUCUCUUAGGUAUGAACAUUUUACCAAACCUGUAAGUUGUUAAAAUGCUUUGAUGAAAACACUAAUUUGUUAUAUUUUUGUGAUGAAAACACUGACUUAUUUAAAUAAUAGAUAUCUAAUAUAUGGUUCAUUAAAGUCUUGUUAUAUGAGGUAUAAUGUUGGUUUAUAAUAAUUUCAUACCAUCAUUCGAUACAAACAUAUUAUAUAAACAUUACUAAUAGAACAAUGGUUCAUACAAAACCUACGUACAUAUUUAAAAGGCUAUAGGUCGACAGUUUAGAUUAUAAUAUUUAAAGUCAAUAAACAGUAAUAUAUUUUAUUUAAAUGUAGAAGAUUUUUAUUUGGUUGAUAUAAAAUAGGUUGGGUAUAAGAUUUAGUUAUAUAUAAUAGGUUGGACUAAAAAAUGAAAGAGUCCAAACAACCUUUAUAAGUAGAUUUAUUAAGAUUGCUUCCCUUUUAAUAGAAUAGAUAAAACAAAAAAAAUAACAAUUUUUUUAUAAAUCCUAAAUACAAGUUAUCUUAAAUAAAUCUGGACAUAUCAAAGAAUUUUCUGUAAAAAAAUAAAUGAAAAAGAAUUUGUUUGAGAAUUUAAUAAAAUUUGAAAACAUUAUUUUGUUACUUAUUACCUUUUAAGUAUUUAUUUUCAAAUAUUAAAUUUUCUGUUAGAUGCUCAGAAAUGUCUACCAAUGAUAUCAUUGAUAUGGCUUAACACUAUUGAUCAUGAUCCAAACAUAGUAAACAAAAUAAUAUUUUAAUAUCUAAAAUUUACAUUCACUUAGAAGUGAUAUUUUAUAUUUUAAUCACCAAUAUUAAAAAUACUAACAAUAAAUAUAUUUUUUUGAUAAAUCGGCAAUAAAUAUUUGAAAAUUUAGAAACAUUUAAACAAAAAAUCAUUACUUGGGUUCCUGCUCCAUGGUUUUAUACUUUUAUACAAACAAAAAUAUUCUUUUUUUUUUAAAUAUCCAUUUAUAUUGCAGAUUUUUCAUACAACAAAAAAAGCCGAAAAGCUGAGGAUUUGUGAUUUCAUUUCAUUUGCAUAUAAGUGGUUGAAAAGAAGAAAAUGUAACAUGCAUUUGUUUUGUGUUCCUUUCCAUGUCCUUCGAGGAAAUGCACGAACCCAUGACUUUGACUUUCAACUCCCUUGUCCUCUCUUCUCGCAUGUCAUAUCUGCGGUAUAUUUACUAAAUUAAAAAGUUAUUCGAGUUUUUGGAAGUUUGAUAUAUUGUCCACAUGACCACAUCUAUAAACCAUUUUGUUUUGGUUAUUAACUUAUUAUAGUGAUGUGACAGAGUUGUUUUGAUGAGAAUGCUUGAAAAAAUAACACUGGAUGCUUUAAUUAAAUAGACAUUAUAAGGUGGUAAAAAUACACUACAAGAAAUUAUUUAAAUACAUAUAGGAAAAUCAUUUUGUCAUUUAAUAUAAGAAUGCUUAUGGUAAUUAAAUAAAUCUAUAUGUAAUUAGGUUUUAACAAUGCCUUACAACUAUGAAAAUGUAGACAUUAAAAAUUGUAAUUAUGAAGUAAGCAUCACUUAGAAGAUGAGAGUAAUUCGAUUAUAAUGGUACACUGCAAUAUGUAGCAGCAUUAUAUAGUGUUCGGUUGAUAUAUAUUUUACAAUUUGCUUUUUCUAAUGGUCCAUCUAUUUCAACUCAUUCUAAAAACUCUACAGAUUAAAAUUCCAAUUUGCAAGAACGUGUAGGGGUGUGCUUCGACAUAAAUGUAGUCAUAAAUAUCGUUUCCAAAGUCGUUUAGACAUUCUCUCUAAGAUGAUUAGGCUAAUGAAAGGACGACAAAAGAUAAGAGGAUUCUCUUUCAUUAUGGGAUGUCACUAUAAGGUUUGGUAAAAUGGGUUUUCAAUUAUAAAAUCAAAUUGGAAUACUAGUCAAACCUAAUGAAUUAUAAAAGGGACCCUUACAUUCAGAUGGUACAAAGUGAAGCAUACACAGUGGAUGACAACAAGAGAGAGUAGGUUAAGGAUAAGCAUUGCUCUACUACAUUAGGCCACACCGAGUUGUUAUACUUUUUUACUUUAUUUUUUCCUAUCUUUAGUUGAUAAAAGUCGAACCAAAAUUCAAAUUGAUCUACGAUUUUAUUUCUAUCAUAGAAAUAAAUUUAAUACAAAGUUUCAAAAUAUCUACUAACUUUCUAUCCAAAUAUUCAAAAUGAACUAAUUUUAAGUUAAUUUUAGAUAUUUAGUAUACACACUAUUCAAACUUAUAUUGUACAUUAUUUUACUUUUGAAUUUUGGGGCCUUUAUAGUAUAUUUGGAUUUUUAAUUUUGUUUACAUAAUUUUAACGAAUAUUCACAGCAUACCAAUUCAGAAAAUUUUGUAGAUUGGUAUGAAUUUUUGAAAAAUGCAAUUUUUUCAGUCAUUAUAGCUUUGUUUGGAAUAUUUAUAGCAUACUGUUUAUAUAAAUCUUUCUAUUCAUCUAGAUUAAAUUUAAUUUUACUUAAUUCAUUUCAAAAGUGGAGUUCUAAAAGAAUUAGGUGGGAAAAACCAAUCAAUUUUGUAUAUAAUUGACAUAUAAUCGUGGUUACAUAGAUAUUUUUUAAAAAUAUUUUUAACUGAAAGUAUAAAAAAAUUAGCAAAACAAAUGAUUUUUUUUGAUAAACGAAUCAUUGAUGAAAUUACAAAUGAAGUAGGUAUUACAAACCCACGGACCUAAAAUCCGAAUAGACCUGAACCAUUCUAUACCAAAACACAGCUUCGUUUUGUUUGCCUGAGUUUUCUUGUUGAUCAUGCAUAUACCAGACAACCAUAACUGAAACUAAUGUAGAGCACUAUAACAACCUAAGAAAUGUCCAGUUGUAUGGCACAGCCAAUUGAUGAUGCAUUCUGCAACAAAACACAUCCACUGGCUAUUGGUUCAUAUAUAAUGGCAAACAUAAUAGUAGUAUUGGGCCGAUAAUGUUGUACGACCUGAAUAUAUAUAGGCAGCAUGAAAUUUGAUGAAUAAUGGAAAAAGAAAAAAAACGCUCCAGGGAGGGCUCGAACCUCCGACCUUGUGGUUAACAGCCACACGCUCUAGCCAUCUGAGCUACUGAAGCUGGUUGUACUUUUUGCAUAGUAAGAAAUAUGUAAAUAAUAAAGGUUAACUCUAUUGACUUGGCCGCCUAAACCCUAUUUGCGGAACAGAGAAGAACUUGGAGAGUUUCUUCUUCAGAGAGAUGAUAUUAAACAGAAGCCUACGACUUCUCCUCCUCUCUUGUCCCUUAAAGUCGUCUCCUUUCCUUCUUCCUCUCAGACCCUUCUCUGCUUCAUAUCCAAUGGAGAAGAACAAAGCCAAGAACGGUUCUUCAAAGUCUUCUCCUUUCGAGUUCAACAAGAGAAGAGCUGAUGGGUUUGACGAAACAGGCAAGAGUAAGAAGAAUCUCGAACGCAAAACACGCAAACUCAAUCCCAACACUACUGCUUACGCACAGGUCCUUGGAACGGGAAUGGAUACACAAGAUACGUCGUCUUCUGUAUUACUCUUCUUUGAUAAACAAAGAUUCAUAUUUAAUGCUGGAGAGGGCUUGCAACGUUUCUGUACAGAACAUAAGAUCAAACUAUCAAAGAUAGAUCAUGUGUUUCUGUCUCGUGUCUGCUCAGAGACAGCUGGUGGACUUCCAGGUCUUUUACUAACUCUUGCUGGUAUUGGUGAAGAAGGGCUUUCGGUGAAUGUAUGGGGUCCUUCAGAUCUUAAGUUACUUGUUGAUGCAAUGAAGUGUUUUAUUCCACGCGCUGCUAUGGUUCACACACGGAGUUUUGGUCCCUCUAGUACACCUGAUCCUACUGUUCUUGUGGAUGACGAAGUUGUUAAAAUAUCAGCCAUUACCUUAGAGCCACCUCGCUCUAUGGAAGAAGAAUCUUGCAGCAAAUCCGGCGAGAUCUCUGUUGUAUAUGUAUGCGAGUUAGCUGAUAUAAUGGGCAAGUUUGACUUAGAGAAGGCCAAGAAAGUCUUUGGUGUGAGGCCUGGUCCAAAAUAUAGUAAACUUCAAUGUGGAGAGUCAGUGAGAUCAGAUGAAAAGGAUAUUACGGUUUAUCCGAGUGAUGUGAUGGGACCUUCAGUUCCUGGGCCCAUUGUUCUCCUUGUGGACUGUCCAACUGAGUCACACGUUGCACAGCUCUUAUCAGCUAAGUCUUUGGAGAGUUACUAUCCCUCUGCUGGCGAUGGAGGGAAGUUGGUGAACUGUAUUAUACAUUUAAGUCCAUCUUCGGUAACAAGUAGUCCUACUUACCAAAGCUGGAUGAAGAGGUUUCAUUCGUCUCAGCACAUUCUUGCUGGACAUCAAAGGAAGAAUAUGGAGUUUCCAAUUCUGAAAGCAAGUUCAAGAAUCGCUGCUAGACUUAACUACCUAUGCCCACAGUUCUUUCCUGCUCCUGGCUUUUGGCCUCCUCAACAUGUUACCAACUCUAUAGUUGAUUCCACCCCUUCAGACCAGGAUUCAAAUCUUGGUAAAAGUAUAUCUGCUGAAAAUCUCCUCAAGUUCACUUUGCGUCCUUAUGCUCAUCUUGGGAUGGAUAGAUCUUGUAUCCCUCCUGAACUGACAUCCCCACAAGUACUAGAUGAGCUGCUUUCAGAAAUUCCUGAGAUUAAAGACAAAACCGAAGAAAUCAAGCAGUUGUGGAAAAAACCAAACGGUGAGACAGAGAGCAACACUGAUCUUCCAAGCUGUCUUGAAAACAUUAGACGAGACGACAUGGAGAUUGUCCUUCUAGGCACUGGCUCUUCCCAGCCUUCAAAAUACAGAAACGUCAGCGCCAUUUACAUUGACUUAUUCUCUAAAGGCAGUCUUCUCCUAGACUGUGGUGAAGGAACCUUGGGGCAGCUUAAAAGAAGAUACGGUUUAGAUGGUGCUGAUGAGGCCGUUAGAAAACUGAGAUGUAUAUGGAUCUCUCACAUCCACGCCGAUCACCACGCCGGUCUCGCGAGGAUCCUAGCUCUUAGAUGCAAGCUUCUGAAAGGAGUGGCUCAUGAGCCAGCGAUUGUGGUGGGACCAAGGUCGCUUAAACACUUUCUUGAUGCGUAUCAAAGACUGGAGGAGUUGGAUAUGGAGUUUCUUGAUUGUAGAAGCACCACAAAGACUUCUUGGGCUUCUUUAGAAAGCGGCAAGGAAGAGGGUCCUUUGUUUAGUAAAGGAAGUCCUAUGCAAAGUGUCUUCAAAACUCCUAUGACGGAUCUGCCAUGUUUAGAGAAUCUGAAGAAGGUUCUUGGCGAAGUCGGUGUGGAGGAUUUGAUUAGCUUCCCUGUUGUUCACUGUCCUCAAGCCUUUGGUGUCGUUGUAAAAGCAGCGGAGAGAUUGAACAGCGUUGGAGAACGUAUCCCUGGAUGGAAGAUGGUUUACUCAGGCGACACUAGACCUUGUCCUGAGAUUGUGGAAGCAUCACAAGAUGCAACAGUUCUUAUACACGAGGCAACAUUUGAAGAUGAUUUGAUAGAUGAAGCGUUGGCAAAGAAUCACAGCACGACUAAAGAAGCAAUUGAUAUGGGAUCUUCUGCGGGUGUGUAUAGGAUUGUUCUCACGCAUUUUAGCCAGAGAUAUCCAAAGAUACCUGUGAUUGACGAGUCUCAUAUGCAUAACACUUGCAUCGCCUUUGAUUUGAUGAGCAUAAACGUGGCGGAUUUGCAAGUGCUUCCUAAGGUUUUACCAUAUUUCAAGACUUUGUUUAAAGAUGAGAUCAUUGAGGAGGAUGUAGAUGAUAUCGCUUUGGAAGAAGCUUUGUGAUGGUAUACUUAUCAAAUAGUGCAAUAGGUUGUUAACUCUUACUUCUUGUUCGUUUAUUCAUUGUUUUCAGUUUUGUAGGAUUACAACAGUGGUUGUUGUCUUGUGAAACGUUUUUGAAAUUUACACUAUAAUUUUGACUUUAACUGCAGUAGUAUAACAUAUACUUUUGCUUUUAGAAGCUCCCAAUAUGAUCUUGUUUGAACUGGGAUUUAGAAACAAGAGAAGGAUUUAGAAACAAGAGAAUGUAGGGACUAUUUUUACAUUUUCAUUAGUAAUGUUAUAGCUCUACUAGUU